GACAGCUAGCUAAACACGUAAUUGGAAAAUUAGAGAUUUUUUUAGCUUCGCCCCAAUAUUCCAAUAAACACACAGAGGCAAAGACCCUUCGAAGCCAGAGUUGAGACAAGAAAAGAGGAAGAGUAAUAGUGAGAGAGUGAGAGAGAGAGAGAGAGAGAGAGGGGGAUAGAGUUUGUAAUGGGAAAAGAGAAAGAGAGGAAGCUGUUCAUAGGAGGCGCAGUGUGGCACGUUGCAGCAGAGCUAAAACUGUUGUUAACAACACUUGUUGUUCUCUGCAGCUUAGCCACACUCUUCCAAUUCCUCCCUUCUCGUUUCACCAUCUCUACUUCUGAUCUCCGUUUCUGUAUCUCAAGGGUUGUGUCUCAAGUGGCCCCACCACCUCAACUGGCUGUACAGCCACAACCACAACUGCUGUCUCUUCCUCCACCACCUUCACAGUCACCACCACCGUCACUACCACCACCACUACUAUCUCCACCACCUCCACCGCCACAACCAUUGCAAGAUCAGACUUUGGAGAAUGGUGCCAUCAAGAGAGCUUUCAAUCCGUAUGGUGCAGCAGCAUACAGCUUUGUCACCAUGGGAUCAUACAGAGGUGGUUUAAACACAUUUGCCAUUGUGGGUAUUGCUUCAAAGCCUCUCCAUCUCUAUUCAAAGCCUACUUACUUGUGCAAGUGGGAACCUUCUCACAACUCCACCUCAAAACCCAUCUCCGCAGUUGGAUAUAAGAUCCUCCCAGACUGGGGCUAUGGAAGAGUUUACACUGUUGUGGUUGUAAACUGUACCUUUUCACAGCCCGUUAAUGUUGAUAACUCAGGUGGAAAACUGGUUCUCUAUGCUACAACUUCUGGUGGUGGUGACAGAAACUUAAAUGUCACUGACACCAUUGAAGCUCUAACUGAGUCUCCAGGGACUUUGGACUUGUCUGUGUUCACUUCAAAGCCCAAGUAUGAAUAUUUUUAUUGUGGGUCAUCUUUGUAUGGGGGUUUGAGUCCACAGAGAGUGAGGGAGUGGUUGGCUUACCAUGUGAGAUUGUUUGGGGAAAAGUCACAUUUUGUGAUACAUGAUGCUGGUGGGGUUCAUGAGGAAGUGUUGGAGGUGUUGAAGCCGUGGAUGGAAAAAGGGUAUGUGACAUUGCAAGAUAUUAGGGAGCAAGAGAGGUUUGAUGGGUACUAUCACAAUCAGUUCAUGGUGGUGAAUGAUUGUUUGCAUAGGUAUAAGUUUAUGACUAAGUGGAUGUUCUUCUUUGAUGUGGAUGAGUAUAUUUUUGUGCCUCCCAAGAGCACCAUCAAGACUGUGUUGGAUUCACUUUCUGAUUAUAAUCAGUUCACCAUUGAGCAAAUGCCUAUGAGCAGUAAGCUCUGCUUGUCUGAGCCUAAUGGAAGAACCUACAGGAGAUGGGGAUUUGAGAAGCUUGUAUAUAGAGAUGUGAAGAAAGGAAUUAGGAGGGACCGCAAAUACGCAGUGCAACCGCGCAAUGUAUAUGGCACUGGAGUUCAUAUGUCACAAAAUUUAGCUGGUAAAACAACACAUAAAACCGAGGGACGCAUCAAAUACUUCCAUUAUCACGGAACCAUAGCAGUAAGACGCGAACCAUGCCGGAACCUACUCAAUUCGACAGAGGUCACAUUUGAAAAAAUGCCUUAUGUUUUGGACACCACAAUGAGGGAUGCUGCUGGGGCUGUGAAGAAAUUUGAGCUCAAAAUGAUUGGAACUAGGUUGCAAAGGACAAGGCAAUGACAGCAUAAUUUUUUUCUUCUUUGUUUCAUAUUCCAUAUUUUAAAGUUCUCUUUUUCUUUUCUUUUCUUUGUUAUUACAUUAGUUGUUAUUAGAAACAGAAAUUUAUUGGGGGUACUUUUUCUUUUUUGUAUGAUAGCUUUCAAUGGUAUAGAUACAGUUGGGUAUAAUGAUCACGUUCUUGGGGAAGAGAAAAGAAAAGAAAAAGAACAGGACAUUAGAGUUGGUGUUGCA